AUGGCGCAGACAGCCGGCGAGCGGUUCGCGCAGCUGCAGCGCCGCCUCUUUCCCCGCGUCGAAGGCCGGGAAGAUGUCAAAGGCCAGCUCUUUGUCACCGUGGUCCGCGCAACGAAUCUAAACCUGCCUGCCUUUCGGUGGUUCCCGCCGCAGGCGGUCGUCGCUUUGGGGAACCAUGAGCGGCGAUCCCCCCUGGGCGAAGCCUUUGGAGCUCACCCUGUUUUCGGCUGGCGCGCCGAGCUCCCUUUCACUGGGCACGAGUCACACCUGGUUUUCGAGGUGGUCUGUGAGGAGUUCCUGGUGGGAAGCUGCCUCGUGCCCUUGCAGGAGGUACUGAGCGGGGCAGCAACGGGAGAAUACCGCCGGGUGCUGCCCUUGGCUGAAACCGGACAGGGAGAGCGCCCCGAGCUUUACGUUGUGGUGACCACGACCUUGGAGGGCGACCUGCGCGUGCCAGUGGUUCAGGAGGAGGCUGCCAAGCAGCUCCGUGCACGAACCUCACAAAUCCGGGUGACGCUGCGCUCCCUACGCGUGGCCGAGAAGUUUGCAGUGGACAAUGGCACCAACAAGAUUUUCCCUUACGUGGCCGCAGCGUGCGGUCAGCAGGUUGGCCGGACGAAAGCUGCCUUUCUGCUGGCAAGCCAGGAGGAUGCUGAGAAGUUUGUUUUCACGAGCCUCCCAAACAGCAACUUCGAGUGCGGUGAGCUCCUCCGCGGCCGUUUUGAAAAGUACCGAGCCGUGCCCUCCUCACAAGAGCGACACGCGUCGCAGCCGCAGUACGGCUAUCGCAUGCGGGUGGACGCGAGCGGCAUCCAAGUCUCAUAUUGCUACGUGGAGUUUACAUUCUGGUACCAGCAGCAGGAGCUGCUGGAGCUGUCUGUGUUCGAUGACGUCUUCCUGGUCUAUCCCGACCCCCUGGUGGCCAACGGCGCCUUGGACCUGAACGAGGCCUUCCGUCUGGCCUUUGCCGAGGAUGGCACUUUGCUGGAUGACGACGGCCGACAGCCAAGUGUCAUCAUGCGCGUGCCGCUGUCCUCGUCCAUCGCGUCCUUGCGGCCGUCAGGGACCCUCGGCAGCAGCGCAGCGGCCGAUGGCGGGGAUGGCGGAACAGGUGGCAGCACCAGCUCCCAUGUUGCGGGGGAGAUCGAGCUGCAAAUCGAGUUUUUGGAGGAACCGCUGGCAUGCCCUACGGCACUCGAGAGCACCUUUCGCCGGGCGAUCCGAGCCAAGAAGGAGGUCUCCGAUCUGCAUCGGGAAAGCUUGCAAUACCUGGCGGACAUCACCGAAGGGGACCUUACCGCCUCUGGUUUCCCUCCUCUGGAGGACCUCUUCAGCGAGCAGCGGCGGGCCCUUGCGAUCCUUUGUUCUUGCUGCGCCGUCGCUAUGACCAGGAGGCUGGCCAGCCACGAGGGCCGGGCGACCUCGCUCUACACGGACCGACUGCGCAGCGUCACGGAGGCACUUUGCCAGCUGCUUGUGCCCAACGACCCGGAGCUGCAGGACGAGCUCCUGAGCUCCGCACGAGAUGUGGUGACCUACAGACCCGUUGAUGAGGCAGCAGAGGCCUACCGCCGAAACUGCCGCCCUCCGCUGUCGCGCUGGGAGGUGCUGUUGCCCCUAGGCAGUUUGCUGGCCGCCGCUUCCACCGGUGGUGCCCUAUUGCGCAUCACCCUGCGGAAGGUGGCCGAUGCCAUUGAGCCGGAAAGCUGCGCGGGGAGGCUCUUCUUCGAGCUGAUGGAGCGGCACCUCGUGGCCUUGGGCCUCCCGGCGCCGGAGCCGCCGUCGCUGGAGCUUGCAGAGGCAGCAGGAGCCGAGCCUCGCGUUCUGGCUGCCGAGGAGGCGACGCCCAUGGCCUUCGAGCAGCACGACCAACUGCGCCGUGGCCGAGCGGCAAUGUACACGAACUUCUUCCCUGAGAUCGAGUGGAGCCGGCUCCUCGACAAGCAGCUGGAGGAGGCCCAGGUGGCCAUCAUACCGGGGAAGUAUAAGUACAUCAUUCCGUCGUCUCUGGUGCUGGGUGGCAUGUGUGGCGCCCUUGCGUCUAUCUCGUACAUCGAGACGGCCGUCAUCCUGCACACAAUUGACGACGAGCUCCUCUGCCACAAGGACUACAGCCACAUGGCCCUUAUGAGGGGCGCCUGCUGGUUGGUCAAGGAUUCGCACCUGGAUGGUUUCAUGGAGUGGGUCGCAACUUCGCCCGCAUGGCUGAAGGUGCUCUUCGGCCUCUUCGCAACCUCGGGCACGACGGUGGCUCUUCAACAGCUGCGCCGUCGAUAUUUCCAGCUGCGUGAGAUGAGCCUGGAGCCUCUGGGGCCGUGCCUGUCCUCGCACAAGGUGAUCUGCGCUUCCGGCUUCCUUCGGAGCCUGGCCGAUGUCUGCCAGCCUUGGGCCGUGGAGGGUCCCUGGACAUCUGGUCAAGUCUGCUUCCUGCGUUUCGAGACAGAGGUCCUCUACAAGCUGGGAAACCAACUGCGCGAUGUCUUGGCUAGAGAUCUGAAGCGCACGGAGUAUGUCGCCACCUUCCUGAUGUCAAUGUCGAACCCAAUUUCUUUCCAGCAGCGAGUGAUCAAGACCCUUCUGGAAGAGCUUGGUGAUCUCCUGGACCAGGCAUGCGAGCGGGCGCGGCAGGUUGGCCGGCUGCUCGCAAAGCAGCUUGUGGCAGCGGCGGAGGCCACGCGGGGCCGGCUGACGGUGAGUCUGCUUGGUUACUCUGCUGGCGGCGUGGUUGUGCAAAGUUGCCUUCAGGGCCUGCAAGAGCUGUGCAAGGAUGGCCGCAGCGAGGCGGCCGAUGUGGUUUGCGACGUCGUUCUGCUGGGGACCCCUGCGGCCGCCCUGGAUGAUGGGUGGUCCCGACUGCGGGAGCUGGCCAUGGGGCGUUUUGUGAACGGCUUCUUCGCGCAAGACAGCUUUCUGCUGUCGCACCAGUUUCGCAGGGGAGGCAGCAAGCUGGCAGGCUGCAGCCCGCUACACGCACCAGACGUGGAGAACAUCCCCAUGGAUCCUUACAUCACAACCCACAACGAGUACCCGGAGCAGAUGUCUCUGAUCCUUCAUCGCAUUUUCCACGGCGGGCCCACAAACGAAGAGCAGGUCAAAUCUGGCGGCCAAAGUGGUCAGUUCCGCGCCAACAGCGACCAGAUCGGCUGGCGGGGUGAGUCGGGCGCCACGAAGGUGCACGCCACCACUUCCAUUCGCAGGGCGGAGUGGUUCGAGGGCAGCCUGCGCCUUCUUUGUGAGCGGGAGGACGGCACUUCCGAGGUAGUGGCCUUGGAUGGCUUCAGCGACACGGACUUUGAUGCCCUUUGGCGGUACUUUGAGCAGACUUGCGGAGUGUACCUGAAGAAGCACCGCCCUGUGGCCGCCCUUUCCGAGGUCGACUUUGACACAGCCAUGCGGAGCAUCGAGGACGCAGCCGAUAGAGAGCGCACCUUAGAGGGGCGGACCCCGGUGGAUGAAGCAGCCGCAGGCUCCGUGCAAAAGAAAGCCAAGGAGGCCGACCUCAUGAAAAAGGCCCUCAGCCGGGUCUUCGCCGACCGCGGCUGCGAGCGGAUCGGCCGGCUGCGGCUGGUCGUGGAUACGGUGCAGCUAGAGGUCUAUCAUACCGAUCCCCGAUGGAAGCACUUGCUGAGCAAGUGCGCCACGAUUGAGGCGGUUCUGAAGGAGCUUGGAGCCUUCCGUCUGCGGCCUCUGACAGAGAAGGAGAAACUCAUCAAGUAG